AUGGUCGAAUUGGUAGAAGUCGAGGACGAGUCUUUCGAGACCAAGCAAGCUGGACCAUCCGACGAGGACGACUACUACACCGACACUGACUCUGAGAUCUCCACGGACGAUGAAGAUAACGUCGCCGAUGGAGAAACAUUCGCAGACCGAAUUGCAGCCCUCCGAGACAUAGUGCCUCCGACCACCCGAUCAUACAUCGCCAGCAAGGUCGAGACUACUACAAGCUGGAUCAAAUCAGGCCUUCUGUUUAGUGGCCAAACGCUAUUUGUUAUUAGCACAAGUGCGCUGCUCUUGGGUGUCCCCUGGGCGUUGGCAUACGCGGAGGAGCAACAGAUGCUCGAGAUGGAGAAGGAGUUCAAGAUGCGCGAGGCCGGAGAAACUCUCCUCUCUGGUUCCGGCGGUGCUUUGAAUGCCCAAUUGGGUGCGCAGCAAUCGAACGCGGCUUUGUAA